UAGGUUAUACAUUUAUAGAUUCAACUCAUUAAUUAUUAAUAUGUCUCCAAUCCAAUUAGCUGAAAAAAAUUACGAAAAAGAUCAACAGUUCACCAAGGCCUUGCACGGUGAAUCUUAUAAGAAGACUGGUAUUUCUGCCUUGCUUUCCAAGUCCAAGGAUGCUUCUACCGUUGCUAACGAAGGUUAUUUCAAGCACUGGGAUGGUGGUGUUUCCAAGGAAGAUGAAGAUAAGAGAUUAGGUGAUUACUCCAAGUUGACCCAACAUUAUUAUAACUUGGUUACCGAUUUCUAUGAAUACGGUUGGGGUUCUUCCUUCCAUUUUUCUAGAUACUAUAAGGGUGAAGCUUUUAGACAAGCCACUGCUAGACACGAACACUACUUGGCUCACAAAAUGAACCUUCAAGAGAACAUGAAGGUUUUAGAUGUUGGUUGUGGUGUUGGUGGUCCAGGUAGAGAAAUCACUAGAUUCACUGAUUGUGAAAUUGUUGGUUUAAACAACAAUGAUUACCAAAUCGAAAGAGCUAACCAUUAUGCUAAGAAGUACAAGUUAGACCAUAAGUUAUCUUAUGUCAAGGGUGAUUUCAUGCAAAUGGACUUUGAACCUGAAACUUUCGAUGCUGUCUAUGCUAUUGAAGCUACCGUCCAUGCUCCAGUAUUGGAAGGUGUCUACUCUGAAAUCUACAGAGUCUUAAAGCCAGGAGGUGUUUUCGGUGUUUACGAAUGGGUUAUGACCGACGAAUACGAUGAAAACAACGAAGAACACCGUAAGAUUGCUUAUGGUAUUGAAGUUGGUGAUGGUAUUCCAAAAAUGUACAAGCGUGAAGUUGCUGAACAAGCCUUAAAGAAUGUCGGAUUUGAAGUUGAAUACGAACGUGACUUGGCUGAUGUUAAUGACGAAAUUCCAUGGUACUACCCAUUAGCUGGUGAAUUACAAAACUGUCAAACUUUUGGUGACUACUGGACUGUUUUAAGAACCUCUAAAGUUGGUAGACUUGUCCUCACCGAAUUGGUUGGUUUGAUGGAAAAGGUUGGUUUAGCUCCACAAGGUUCUAAACAAGUUACCCAUGCUUUGGAAGAUGCUGCUGUUAACUUAGUUGAAGGUGGUCGUAAGAAGUUAUUCACUCCAAUGAUGUUGUUUAUUGCCAGAAAGCCAGAAACUGCUUCUGAGUAGGUUAAGCGGUGGGAAUAUAUAAUUCUUUCAGUUCUUAUUAAAAUCUGUCUGAUAUGCCAUUCAACUGUGUCCUAUCAGAGAGAAUUAUCUAUUUUAUAAACAUAAUUCAUUAAAUGUAUAUUUAUUUGAGUAUGAAUAUUGUAAUUGUCUCUAUGUAGACCUACAAGAUCUUAAAGUACGUGUUAUGUUUAGACCUGAGCAUUACAUUGCAUGGACGAUUGCAAUAUACCACAUAAUGUAAAACGAACCUAAUAAAAUUGCAACUGGCAAUUGGUAGCAUAGACCUAUUGUUUUCAAAGUUUAGAUUAGAUCUCACUUGAUUGUACUUUGUUCACAACGUGCUCACAUUUUCAACAUUGCUAGCUUUAGAACUAAUUUUCUGAUUUUUUUAUUGUGACAUACUGAAGCAAUUUUAAGUUUUGUGCAUCUCCUAUUUUUCUUUGUUAGGCAGCAGAGGCAGUGCAUUACGCCCCCUGGGUCAAGAAAUAAGGUUAACCGAAACGCUGGCGAAUUUCAGGUACUUUGAUGCCCACUUUGCCAUACACAAUUUUUGUUUCUUUCCACAGAUCUUUACUAAAUAUUAGGUAAGAUUACCUCCUUGAUAGCUAUUAGUCUAUUAUAAGUAUUCAGCAGAUCCUUAGUUUUUUUUACAACACCUCAAUUCCAAAAUUGGCAACACAAAAAUUUGGCUGACACACAUAUGGCUGCGCAAUUAAGAGAUCCUAACAGGGAAGCAUACAAUAUCGUCUGCGGGUUCUGGAGAGAGUUUUACAAUAACCACGAACGCACUUUCUGGGCCAAGAAGAAAUGUAAUGGAUGUUAUGAUGACCAUAAGUUUGUCAUUUGGUCAGUGGCAGUUGCUGUCCAGGCAGUAGUAGAUGGAGCAAGACUCUUCAACGAGUUGAAACCAUUGAUUGAUCCAGCAAUUCAAAUUUUCCAGAAAUACAAGAACCCCAAAAUUCGUGGAUAUUCAGCCGCCGAAAAUGCAGGGGAUGAUAAGGACAUUUACUACGAUGACGAUGCGCAGGUUGCAAGUUGUAUGAUCACUGCUUAUGAAGUUACAGGGAACAAAUUAUACUUAGAUCAAGGUCGUGAAUUGGUUCAUUUCUUAAUGACUGGUUGGAACAACAACCCAGACGCUAGAACCAAAGGUGGAAUGUGCUGGCAUUUAACUAACCAUUACUUGAAUGCUUGUACUACUGCCGAAGUUGCCAAGGCUUGUUUACAAAUUGCCAAGUUUAUCCCUCAAGAGGCAAAGAUGUACAUCGAUUUUGCUGCCAAGUGCAUUGACUGGCAAAUAAAAGUGUUGCAAGAUCCUAGUGACAAGUUAAUUAUGGAUGGUGUGCAAGAUACAGAAGUCAAUGUAAACACAAUGAAGUGGACUUAUAAUUUAGGUACCACGCUUUCAGCUGCUGCAAAUUUGUACUAUGUGACUCGUGACUCCCAUUGGAAACAGAUUGCUGACGAAUUGGCAGAAGCGGGAAUAAACAGAGGAGUAUUCUUUUAUGAUAGAGACUACGACGAUUCGAAAAGAUAUUGGAGGGAUGGAUCUUAUUUUGAACAAUUAUUGAUUGAAGGGCUUGCUGAUUAUUUGUUGUAUAUACCAGAAGUGCCCCAAAGUAUGGGCGACCGGAUCCACGAUGAGAUCCAAAGGCAUUUAAUUAUGUUUUAUGAGUUUAUGAAAGAUCCUAGAGAUGGUAUGUAUAUCCAGAGCUUUGAACCAAACAGAACUUAUAAAGAAGUGUAUGACACCAAAUAUGUUAAGCAUUUUGGUAACCAAAAGGAAUGGUCAUUGAAAGAUGAAGAUAAGGAUGGUGAUGGCAAUCCACAAAAAUGUUUAAUGGGAGGUGGAGCUGCCGCAAGAGUAUUCUUCCAAGGAGCUCGAGUUGUCCCCAAGGUUGAUCCUUAUGAUUUUUGAUAGAUUCCAAUCUCUGUUACUAUUUUUAUACACAAAAUCUAUAAUAAAACUAUCUAGAUUUUCAAUUUUGGUAGGUUGAAAGCAGGAGUACUUGGUAAUGCAAAAUAUGGACGUUCGAUAACCAUGAUUUCGUUUGUUCCACAAUCAGCAACCUUCAUUAUUGGUCUAUAUUUUUCAGUAACGAAAAAUGGUUUUCUAUUAGAUGUAGCCGAUCCAUUUGGUUGUUGUUCGUCAUCUUGUAUUUGCUGUCUUAGACGGUCAAUUUCACUUUGUUUUAAUGAUGUUUCUAAAAUAUCUACUGAUUCUUCCAUAUCAUUUUCAAAUUCGUCUUCAUUAAUUGAUAACCCGGUUCUUGUUCUUUUCUUGGAAUUGUUGGCGUUCUUGUAGGCUUUACCUAUUGGAAUGUUCAUAGUUAAAUCGAAAUAAGCAACCCAAGUGGAUCCAAAAAUCCAAACUUUUUCAUCCUUGACAAACAUGCCUUGAGCUUUGUCUUCCAAAGUGGUGAAUUGUUGUGGUAAAAACUCACUAUUUCUUCUUGACCAUGGAGUCAAUAAACUGGUGCUAUCUUGCUUAAUAAAGAAUUCGAGAAUUUUAUUAUCUUCAGAAAGAACAAGCAAUUUAUCAUUAUCAGAACAAGCAAUUAAAUGAGGGUUAUUUGACAAUUUGGUUAAAACAUAAGCUUCUCCUUCACCCAAUGGAUAUAUUUCAAUGGACCCAUUGAAUCUAGAAAUAAUUAAAUUGUCACCAUUUGGAGUAACAAUUAAAUUCUUGAUACAGGCUGCAUAUGGUAGCUUUCCUUGCUUAUUUGCAAUUAAUUCUAUUUCAUCUUCCAACUCUAUCUUUUCUUCUUCAACGUUAAUUUCAAACUUGUACAAUUCUUCAUCGGAAGUUAAAACCAAGAACUUUGUAGCAGAAAUGAACUUUACUAAUUUGGCCCCUUCAACUAAUGAA